AUGGAGAGCUCGCAUUCCAGACCUUCGGCACAGAAUCAUGACAGCUCCAACGGCCAGCCCCGGGAGGAAAUAAGUGGGGCAGAAUCACCUCCGUCCUUGGUCCCGCCAUACUGGUCUCACCGUCGUUAUGAAUCCUACUCUUCCGUUAAGAACACCAAGCCGCCUCCCAUCACUUUGGAAGACCACACCGAGGAACCUUCCGAGCAGAGCGGUGCCGUGUGGGCCGAGGGCGUCACUAUUGACGAUUACGUACUCGUGAGCGGAACCGUGCCUAAUGUUGGGAACUUUGUGGUUUGGAAUUGCAAGAUUGAGACGCUCGAUGGCGGGUCCAUCGUAAUUAGAAAAAGAUAUUCCGAGUUCGAUGAUCUGCGACGCAAGCUCUUGAUGACUUUCCCUAAUUCUGGCGGUGCCAUGCCACCGUUGCCCCCGAAGAGCCUUUUCUAUAAAUUCCGCCCUUCCUUCCUGGAGAAAAGGAGGACUGGGCUGGCAUACUUCUUGAACUGUGUCCUGCUCAAUCCGGAUUUAUCGAGUGCGCCCGUGACGAAGGAAUUCAUCUUUAGCUGA